AUCAGCAGCGGCAGCAACACAGCGCAUCUGUUGGACACAGACAGACGGAGCGAUAGAGAAGCUGCUGCUCGGUUCAGAAAAUGGCCGACAGAUUUUCUAGGUUCAACGAAGAGCGUGAUUUCAAGGGUGGGAAUCACUUUGACCAGUAUGAAGAAGGCCAUUUGGAGCUGGAGCAGGCGUCCCUGGACAAGCCCAUCGAAUCGCGAAUUGGCCCCCUAUUAGCUAAGCAGCAAUGACCCGGUUUGUAUUUGCACGCUCUGCUUUCUUACUCCUAUCUUUAGGGUCCUUGUAACGCUUCUCUGACUGUCUUUCUCUCUCUCUGUUUCACUACUGUCGCACUCUACAUCUAUUCUCUCUCUACCUCUCUCUCGCUCCCUCCCUACUACACAGUGAUUCGUUGUACAGUACCCUCUGUCAUUCUGUGCUGGCAUGGUGCUUGUGCAACUGGGACUGCAUUUUUUUCGCUGAAGAGGCACAAAGAUAAUAGCGCAGGCAGCUCUCUUUUUUUCUGUCUUUCCCACUCUCUCCACCCCCCAUUCCCCUCUCUGUCACUGAAGCUCUUUGGUGAGCAGGCCCAAACUCCUCUGACCUACACAGUGUCCCAUGACCUCUCUUCAGCCUUAGGGAUGUGCUUUGAAAGUCAAUCAGAUAGUACCAGCAAUCUAACAGGCAUGCUCACUUUCUUCAGAUUCUAUAAUCAAACAAAAGCAUGACAAAUAAAAGGGGUUUUAUUUGUUCCUAAAUUAAAGCUGUAUUUAAACAAUUAACAUCGCUGGAUUGCAACACAAGUAAACUAGAUAUUUGAAACAUAAUUAAACAAGUAAAUUAUGAGUAUCAUGACAUUAUAACAACAGGAUUGCCUGGGAAAAUACAAACGUUGAGAUUAAACAUUUCCGUCAAUUAAAAAAAUAAACAUUCAAGCAGCGGAAUACAUUUCAUUUUGAAAGGGAAAAAAACCCCUUAAUUUAUUCACAAUUUUCUAAUUUAUCACUCUGAUCAAAUGUGUAGCCUAUAUUUGUGUUUAAGAUGUGCCAGAAUCUGGCAUAGAAUCUUUUGACAUCCUGGUUGAGUUUCACUUUAUUGUUUUCUAACAGGCACACACACCUCCCACUGUGUGUGGGUGGUGGAGGGGGAGAAAUACAAAUAGAGAGAGGUGGCCUUCUCACCUGGCUUGAGUGACUCUUUAGCUCCUGCGCUAUUAUUUGUGGAGGGGCGUUGAGGGCAGCGCUGCAGCAUCACACAUGUGGAAAAGACAUGGCCACAACUGUGGGGGGUGUCACAUCGUCACUAAUAGAAAUACACACCUUUACAUAUUCUCUUUGGAAAGUGCAUGCUCAAAGGAGAUGGUGGCAGACUGUGUAACCACAAGCAAGUCACUAUGAAUAUUUGUUAACCCUGAGGAUUAUUUUAAAGGAUCUGGUGACAGUUUCGUUACAUCAGUUACAUUUCAAUAAUACAAAUUACACCGUUUAUAAGACUGUCAAAUGCAACAUGUACAAACAGUAUAGACCAACAAUGCUACCCCUUAAUCAGCCUUUAACAGUGCACCUAAAUGGAUAGCUAAAACAUCACAGUAAAACACAGACUGACAUAGAGUAUGUGACAGUGUUGUUACAGGUACACAGGCCUGAUCUGGGAUCUGUUAGUGAAUGCUUUGGCCCAGCUUCUCGGAGCCCCUCCCCCGCCACUUAUUGUGUGUGAACUAUAGGCAGCUAGAGGUCUGUGGUACUUUAUUGGGAUCUUUUUUCUCUUUCUGUCUUUCCCCUUUGGUCUUUUGCUCUUUCUCUAUAACAUUGUUUUUGCAUUGCAUGUGUUAACUUGGGAGCAUUCAGUACUAUUUUAUCUCAACACUCUGUCCUAAUCACUACUACAGUUUUCCUCCAAUACUCAUCCCUCGUACGUCAUCUGCCCCCUUUCAGUCCCUCCAGCCUCCCCUCCUUCCCCCUCUGACCCUGUCUAAGAGCGAUAUGCAGCGGGCAGCCUCAGAGCCACAGAAACCACAUAUACGCACCAGAAAUCUAAGAAUCACAUGUACGCAGACCACAAUGCGUUUUUCUCUUAGUAAAAAUGUUGUUUCAACUUUUUGCAUUCAAGAGUUAUUCAUUACUACUUGUCUCAACUUGUACUACAGAUGCUAACAUAUAUGGUGUAUUAGAUAUGACAAUUUGAUAAGAAAAUGAAAACGCCCAAUCCUUUUUUUAUUUUAAUCCUGCCCUACUCGUGACCUACAUUAUUUGCAACAUGGCAAGCUUUCUAUUAAGCACCAGCCUUAAUCCAGAGAGCAUCAGUGAUGCUGGGUUCAAGGUCAUUGCUAAUGCCCUCAAAAAUAAUCUGUUUUAAAGUCAGCAAUGGGGUAAGUGUGGAGAAAAAGAAUAACCUAACCAAAAAACGCACUUCAAACCGAAUGGGAAGGCCAGUUUUACAGUCUCUGUUUAAAGUUACUGGAGACCGCUACAAAUGUUGGCUUCAGUGUCAACUUAAUUUCCGGUUGAUGCAUUGGGCUUUCAGAAUGAUGAGGUAAGUAUGUAUUUUAAAAUGAUUCCAUUUAAACCGGACGCUGGUUCUCUGUCAUUUUCCCAAUCACUUAAUUCAUGAAAUCUGUUAUCCCCUCGCGGUCACUCUGACACUUCCACACUUCACCUCCAUCUGCUGGGAAAAAGGAGCCUGCUGUUAAAGCAAUUUGACUCUUGAUGCACUGACACAGUUGUUUCCAUUUAGUCACACCUGCAAAAGUGGAGACCAACAAGGAAUGCACAAGGGAGCUGCAAAAGCUUAUGAGGAGCAGCAGUCAGCAGGCCCUGUCCUCAACCAGCACUUCCAAAAACACAUUCCUCAAGGACACGAGAGAGGAGGAUGAGUAACUGCAGCAGCCCCCCUUUUUCUGCAAGACAGAACCCUAAAGGGUCUGUGUUUACUCAUCAGAACAUGCAAACUCUCAAAUCUGUUUCUGUGAGCAAUAAUCCCCCAAAAUGAUAUAAAAUAUGUAGUUUGAGUUGAUUUAGUUGAGUCACUUGCAUAGAUUAAUAUGCAUGUGUGUUACAUCUUUCUCUGGAACCAGAGCAUUUUCUAAUAUCGAGACACGCUCCAGUACUGUAGACAUAUCAAUGACUGCUUCGACUGAAGCUAUAAGAUUCCUAAAUACUGUGAGGUCUCUAGGUGGGGUCCCCUGCAUAUCACUUCCCUUCCCCAUAUCUUUUUCCAUGCACUGUGCCGAUGACGGCACAGUGCACAGUUUUAAAAACACCUCUCCUUUUAGAUCUCUUUUGUUUGGAUAACAUUUUCAAUUUUUUCUUUCUCCUGUAUUAACAGUCAGUUGGUGGAUUUAUUGACAUGCCCUUUCUGUUUGUAUACAGCAUUAUGUUUGUUUAAGAGCAGAGAGAAAGAUUUGCAUAUGUAAGAACUUAGAGAAGCUAGCAGAAUUGCAGUUGAAAGCGUUUGGCCGGUUUCUUACGUUGUGUCACGUGUGACUGUUUUUUUGACAGCCCAGUAUUUUAAAGCCAGGUUCGUAUGGAAAUGCCUUCACUCCACUUGCACUGCUGUUGGACUCGCCGUCGUUGCUUUCAUCCGUCUGUCUGUCUAUUCUUUUGGUGCACUCAUCUGUUCAGACACGCAGUGAGCGCCUCAUCUCCGCCCUCUUAGUUUGCUGAGCCCAUUUUGAACUAAUCUUUUUAUUAGUGUCAGCAGUUGCGACUGAUGCCUUAUCCAACUUGCCCUCCAAAAACAAGCUAAACACAUUUAAUUUAAGGUAGGGCUUAUGUUCUCUGAGCUUUCAGAACAUUUCAUUAUAACACCCUUGGUCAGACUUCUCUAGCUUUCGAGAUCAAAAAUAAACAAAUCGGCAAACGGGGAUUAUGUAAACACGAGACAGGAGCAGCUAGGAUAGGGUGCAUCUCAUUUUCCUUCUUGCUGAAACCUCAUAGAUCAGCUUAUUCCCCAAAUCAAUAUAGAUAAUCAUGUGUAGAGUGGUGCACCAUAAUACUGCAGUAAGAGACAGAAGCAUACCCAAUGUCGGUGGGAGGGGAGGCAUCCACUGCAGCAAAUUCUGCUGUGUUUCCUACAUAAUGAAGUCAGGGGACACGUUGUUCACCAUGCAGGAGGCCACAAACUAUUAGCCAUGCAGCCUAUCUUUGGUGGUGACAUGCCAAGGAACUGCCAGGCAAUGUACAGUGAAAGCAUGUCAAAUGUAGGAUUUCAUGUCGUCCCAGUUAUAAUUUAAAACAAGCAGGUGUCCUCAGUUCCCUUCCCACCAUGUGAGACCCAGCACAGAUUCCCUCCUAUCUCACCCCGCAGCGGAAAGGGAUCUGAAUGUGUCACAGAGUAAACACAGCUCAUAGAUCCAUGAAAUAGUGGGGGGGGAAAUACCAAACCCAACAGAAACAGGAAGUGAGGCAGUUAAGCUUUUCUCUUGGGAGGAAAACAUCAGCCAGUUGUCUUGGAUAGAUGUAUUGCAGAUAUCUGGGAUUUCACGGUUCUAAAUACUAAGUAUCGGUUUUUUCCUCUCAGAAAUAAUAAAUAGGGCAAAAGAAGGCAUCAGUUUGCUCCUAAACGCCAACAGGGUUUGAACAUGAUUAUGCCAAAUGUACCAUAAAUGAGACCCUUUGGGCGGAGAUGCAGUGUGUGCUGUGUGUGUGUGUGAAUCCCACUCCCCUUCACAUGCACUAACCCAUUCAAGCUCAGCUCACCUCCAACACCCCAGAAACUCACCUCCACCAUGGCUCAGCCUGCUCUGUUCUGUCCCCACCUCCUCUUUGUCAAAUAGAACUAAUUGAGCCCUGUUGAGCCAUCACCUUCCUCUCUGUGCCUGAUCCACCUGAAGCUAACAUAGUUGGAGUUUUGUUACCCGCCCUCCACCCCAGCCCGCUCCACCCCCUCUGUAUGUGUACCAUUCACGCUACUAACACCGACGAUACUUUUUGUUAAAAUAAUUUAACAAAAAGCUGCAUGCUGUUUUGUUCCAACCCCUUCACUUUCUGUUUGUGAAAGUUGAUGUCAAUCUCUUUGUGAUUAUAAAUAUCCUUUAUGUUUGGUUUGUAUGUUUUUUUGGUAGAAUGCAGCACUCUGGUGAAUGUUAGCAAAGCUUGGAAUAGUUAUAAUCACAACAGAAAACACUGCUUAUUAAGAAAUCUCAUUGUUUAUUUGUGCUUGAGGAUGUACUGUAGUGUGUAGUGGUGGGAUGAUCUUGCAUUUCACUUAAUGUUUUUGUUUUUCUUGCUGACCCAUACUAGUGAUAUAACGCUCUCAGACAUGUGCAGUUGCCCCCCUGAGUAUACUAGGAAUUGCUGUUGUGUGUGUUCUCGCACUUCUCUCUUGCCUCUUUGAUUCAAUAUAAUGGGUCUGAUCUUGCCCACAUGUACAUUGUCUGUAUACUUUCCUAAAGUAUUCAAAUAAAACCCCCAAAUUCAUAUUGAGUUAUUAAUAUUCAGUUCAUAUAAUUGCAUUGUUUAUGACCAAAUGACGAGCCUCUUUUGUGCUCUAGCCGGGCGCCACCCCUCUUAUACAACAUACUUUUCCAGAAAGAGAUAAUGCUUCUGACAAACUCCUGUUGUGUGCUCAGUCUUAAAAUGAAAACACUUGACAAAGUACAGACCAGAUUUUCUCCACAUUGCCUGAAUGAGGAUUUAAAUAAGAGGCAAGCUAACGGCACACAUUUGUGUCUAAUAAUGGUUUAGAAUAAUUGUGCAUAUGGUUUGGAUCAGACCAUUGAUAAAAGACGAAAAAUACUGGAGGUGUCCGAAUCAUUCACAACAGCUAUUUCUAGUGAAUCCAACGGGGCUACGUGCACACAAUGUCCCUCUCUUCACCUGCACUCACAUAUCCCCUCACGUGCAUAUUCUGUCCGCCCUGGGCCUUGUAAUGGUAAUCCAAGGCCCAUUAGCCCCACUUCUGUCUCUUCCUCUUGCUAUAGUUUUUGUGACAGCUGCAUAUGUUUUCAUGGUGCUCUCCUUGUCAUGGUUACGGAAUCACAGCAAGCUUGGGUUUCUGAUCUUUGUUUUGUUAAUGCAAGAUUUCCAUACCUGUUCUGUGUCACUUUUCUUUGUGUACUAAGAUCUUGCUCUGUAGUGGUUCAUAUAUGUAUGCGUGUGUGAUACAUAUAUUGCCUCCCUCCUUCCUACCACUCCUCUUAACUUCUCAGUUAGUGGAUGUGACUCAAUGUUAUCUUUAUCAUCCAAAGUAAAAGAUAAAGAAAUGACUGCCUUACAAAACAGCACUCUGUAGGAGGGUCCUGUAGUUUACAAGCUACACAUAGCCUCAUGUAGUGUUCAUAGUGGACAAGCUACCCUUCCUCUCAGUCUCCAACCAUCUACCCCCCCCCCACCCUAACCGUCCUUACCACUCCUCGUGCUGGAAGACACUGAUAAUACACGCUGUAGGUGAUGUGGAUGACAAUAAUGGUGAUGGUGGUGGUUGUGCUGAUGAUGAUAGUGUGAUCUGAGUGUCUUUUUGUUUUUGUUUGUUUGUUUUUGAUGAAAACCCAACAGGGAAAAGCUCCUCUUAUUAUUGGAAUAUUUUUGGUUUUUUUCUCCUCUGUUCUCUCUGCUAGGAUAACAUUGGGCACCGGCUGCUUCAGAAACAUGGCUGGAAGUCGGGGCAAGGUCUCGGCAAAAGCAUGCAGGGUAAGCGAUUUGAUCCUGCCCAUGUUGUGCUGAUGGUAAACUUAGUGGACGCACCGACCCUGUGCCCAUCACCCUCAAAUAUGAUGUCAUGGGGAUGGGACGCAUGGAGAUGGAGCUGGACUAUGCAGAGGACGCCACAGAGAAGAGAAGAGUGCUCGAAGUUGAGAAGGAAGACACAGAAGAACUACGGCAAAAAUACAAGGACCAGGUGGAAAAGGAGAAAGCCAUUGCAAAGGCUUUGGAAGACCUGAGAGCCAAUUUCUACUGUGAGCUAUGUGAAAAACAGUACACCAAACACCAGGAGUUUGACAACCACAUCAACUCUUACGACCACGCUCACAAGCAGAGGCUUAAAGAGCUCAAACAGAGAGAGUUUGCUCGUAAUGUGUCCUCUCGCUCCCGGAAAGGUGGAAAAAAGCAAGAAAAGAUGCUGCGCAGAUUGCAUGAGUUGGCUGAGCAGAGGAAACAACAGGACCGCACUCCAGGAAGUGGGCCCAUGUUCAAACCGACCACAGUGGCUGUGGAUGGAGAGACUUUAGAAGAUGGCGACAUAAUGCCUGAAAACACUGAUUUGACAGACUGUGUGCCGGAAGCACCCCUUGAAGAGAAAAUUGAGGAAGCCUCCCCAAAACCAGCUCCAACCAUCAGCUUCUCUCUGGGGAGGAACAACUCCUCAUCCCCGACCCCUAGUGGGGCAUCCAAAGUUAGUGUGUCCUUUUCUUUUGCCAAGAAAGCCCCAGUAAAGCUGGAAACAGCCGCCGCAGUGUUUGCUGAUCAUGGCGAGGAGGCUAUGGAGGACGAAGAGUCACAGGAUGGAGAAAAGGCUGGAGGGCAAGAGGAGGUUUCUGGCAGCAGCUCGGACAGCCCUAAGGAAGGUGAAGGAGAAGGUGAAGGAGGAAGUGAAGCAGGAGAGAGCGUUAGUGUGGCAGUGGUAGAAGAGGUGGAGCAGCCUGAUGACGGAGCCUCUCUAGCCUCCACUCUCAACAAAUUAAAGAUGAUGAUGAAAAAAGAGGAAGGAUAUGCAGGACAGGAGCCGGAGUACUAUCACUAUAUACCUCCUGUUCACUGCCGGGUGAAGCCUCACUUCCAGUUCCUGCUGUUUAUGAAGGCCACUGAUCAGUGUCUGAUCAAAGCAGACGACGAAGAGGAAGAGGGGCAGGAGGAGAGGAAGAAGGUUGAAGAAACGACUAAAGAGACAGAGCCCGACGCUACAGAGGAAUGCAGACCUGAGAAAGAACUAGAUAAUGUCCCUCCAUCCCCUGACCCAGAGCCGACUCCGCCGUCGCCUAAAGCGAAGACGGAGGAUGUCUCUACCCCCGCAGCAGAGGCAGUCUCAUUGCCCACUUCCCCUGUUCAGAAAGCGGAGAGCACACGGGAUAGAAAGGAUUCCAACUCGGGUCCUAAGAUCCCCACAGGUCCCUUCUUCCCAGUUCUGAGCAAAGAUGAGAGCACUACACUGCAGUGGCCCUCUGAGCUCCUCGAAUUCACCAAAUCUCAGCCCUCCCUGUCCUACAGCUGCAAUCCCCUCUACUUUGACUUCAAGCUGUCCCGCAACAAAGGAGUGCGUGCUGGGAAAGCAACAAAGUCUCCAAAGCCUUGUGAAGCGUCUAAUGACAAGGGGCAAGAGAUGGCGGCUUCAACAACAACAACAACAACAACAACUGUAGAUGCAAAGACUAAACCUGGGACCAGCACUGACAAUGAUAAGCCAACAAAAAAAGGAGAGCUUGAGCAAGUAGAAAGUGAGGAGCAAAAGCUUCAAACUGGAAGCACUAGUGCCAAGAAAAAAAAGAAAAAGAAGAAGCACAAGAAGUCUGCAAAGCACUCAAAACGCAAGACUGGAAAAGAUGGGAAGGGAGCCAAAGAAGAUGCGGAGGGUGAGACCGAGGCAACGCAAGAGAAGCCCAAAAAGAAGAAAAAACACAAACGGAAGAAGAACAAAAACAAGGAUCCCAAUCCAGAUGAGGCAGCUGUUGAUGAAAAGGAAAAAGCCAAACCAAAGUCAGAAGAUAAAACCGUGGCCUUGUCUGUUCAGCUGACAACUGGAAGUGGAGAAGCUGCAGGAAACACAGCAGUAGAAACAGGGAAGAGGAAACGUGCUAAUAAGGAAGUGCCUUGUAAGUCUGGAGCAGAGGAAGGAGGAGCUGGAAAAGGCAACGACAAAGUCAACUCCUCAGAGGAGCACAGUGGCGCAAAACGACAAAAGACUGACUCCAGUGAAAAAUCUCAGAGUGCCUCCUGCUCCUCCUCAGCCCAAAAGAAUCCCGGUCCCGGUCGACCUCCCAGCAGCGGGAGUGAAGAAGGAGGGGGCUCUAAUACCAAGCGCUCACGGCAUCACAGGUCAAGUCCUCGGGAACAACGGCGUCACCACAGCGAGGAAUCGAGAAAUCGGUCCUGCAGCCGCUCUUCGAGGCGGGGGGAGAGACGGGGCAGCAGUCGCCGGCGCCAUCAUGGCCAAACCUCCCGUAGCCACUCGUACUCCAGCAGCUCCGAGCGCUCCUCGGCAGGCAGCAGCGCCUACAGCCGUCGCAGCCGCAGCAACUCCAGCUACAGCAACUACAGCAAAGAGGGCCGCAGGCGGAGGCACUCCAAACGCUCCUCAGACUCUGAGUACGAGCGAAGAGGAAGCCGAGGACGUAGACGAUCCAGGAGACAUCGUUCCUCCUCUUCCUCCUCAGAAGAAUCCCGAUCACGUUCACGCAGUCACAGCCGCAGGAAGAGGCACCGGCGGCACCAUCGCAGCAGCUCCAGAAGCUCCAGCAGCUGGAGCCGCAGCACCAGCCCGAGAUCCUGGAGGCGCAGCUACAGCCGAAGCCACAGCUCAGCCAGCCGCUCCUCCAGCUCCACCAAGGGCUCUUCUCGCCGACGAGCUCCCAGGGCUCGAGUGGAAACCGACGCACAACGCAGAGACUUCAACCGCUCGUGCAUCUAUCGCUCCCAGUCUCCGCGUUCAUCUUCCUCACGAGGCCUUAACCGCAGCACCCAUUCAUCCAGCUCACAGUCUCUGAGGCAAGGGGGGUCCCGGGAUGCAGGAGAACAGAAAAACAGCCUUACUGCACGCCAGCUGCUGGAGAAGGUUCAGUCCAAAAGGAGCUCUGAUGAUUCUGCCACAGGAACAAAAUCUGGGAAUAAGAUUAAAAAUCCACCACAGGGAUACUUUGGACCCAAACUACCCCCGACCCUGGGAAGCAAAUCCAUGCUGCCGCUCUUUGGUAAGCUGCAGGCCGGAAAGAAACCCCUGUUUCCCCUCACCAGACCUAUGGAGGUUGAUAAAUCAGGAGCUGGAAAGUGUAUUGAGCCAGAAGUUAUCCUGGUAGAGGCUAUACGGGAGUUCCCCCCUCCCCCCCCACCACCAGCUCCCCCGGUGCAGAAGGUCGAGGAGGCCCCACAGAUCACAGUUGUGCAAGAGGAGACACAGCAUCCCGCUAUAGAAGCUCCUGUUCACCAAGAACCCCUGCCGCUGUUCGAACCCGAUGAGCCUUCCAUGGCGAUGGCCCAGUACCAAGCAGAAUCUGGACAGGACCCUUCUCAGAACCCCAUGAUGGAGUCCCUCAUGCCAGAAAUGCAGCAUCAGCAGCAUCAGAUGCAUGCCUACCCUGCUUACCCCCCACCCAGCCUAGAGGAGGAGUGCAUGGAGGCGGAGGAAGACGGCCUGGCUCCUUUAGAGAGUCAGCCCAUCACGUUCACACCAGAGGAGAUGGAGAAAUACGGCAAGCUGCAGCAGGCUGCUCAGCAGCACAUCCAGCAGCAGUUGAUGGCCAAGCAGGUGAAGACUUUUCCCUCAGCUGCUGCCGCCAGCCUGGCCCAGCCCCCCCCUCCCCCCACCAUGCAGCAGAUCCACAUCCAGCAGCCCAUGUCCAUGGCCUCCGGCACAUCAAUCACCACAGUGCAGCACGCCAUCCUGCAGCACCACGCAGCUGCAGCGGCAGCCAUGGGCAUCCACCAACACCCUGCACAUGCCCACCACCCUCACCCUGCACAUGCCCAGUUAGCCCAGGUACACCACAUUCCCCAGCAUCACCUCACCCCCAUCUCCCUGUCUCCUCUGGGCCACUCCCUGAGUCACUCUCUGGGACACACUCUGGGACACUCUCUGGGACACACACUGGGACACUCUCUGGGACACUCACUGGGACACUCACUGGGACACGCAGGACUGAUUCCUGCCCACCACACCGCCUUCCUCUCCGGUCAGCCCAUACACAUUAUCCCAGCAUCUGCACUUCACCACGGCCCCUUAGCUCUCCACCAUGUACCACAUGGACUCUACCCCACACUUUUUUCAUCCCGCCCCUCACAGGCUGCUGCAGCAGCAGCUCUCCAACUUCACCCGCUGCUACACCCCAUCUUCUCAGGGCAGGACCUCCAGCACCCACCUAACCAUGGCUCCUGAGUAAUACAAGCAAAGUAUAGUCACAGCCACAACCACUGAAAGAAAGAAAGACUGGACCUGAACCGGCUUACGUCAGGGUUUGGAUGAAGUCUUUGAGACAGAAAGCUGUCAAUAAGCAGCCCUUCUACUGACCAACACAGGGCAGGAGUUGUAGCCACAAAGUGGUGCUGCCUGUGUCCCACUCAGAGUUGACAUUUUCCUCUGGCUUUUGCAAGAUAUUUUUUUAUGCAUUGCCCUGAACUUCUAAAAAAGAAGUUCAAGUUUAAAGAGACUUCUUAAAGACAUGGUUUAUAUUCGAACUUGAGGUAAAUUAACACAACCCAUUUACUUUUGAAUGAUGAAUAAGAGAAAUCACUGGAGUUUGUUUUGUUUUCCAUAUAAAUAUUAUUUCGGACUUCUUUGCUCAUCUUGGCAGCCAUAGAGUGACGUGCUGGCUGAAGCUAUGAGCUGAGCCAUGUUAAGGUGAGGAGUACGCGGUAGGCUUUGACUAUAAUGUACCCUUCAGAGACAGACUACUUCAUAUUUACUGGUAUUGUUUAUGUUCUAAUAUGACUACUUGAUCUCUAUUGGAUCCUUGGUCUCAAUUCAUUUGUAAUGCAGUAACGUGUACAUAUAUCAGUGUGUAAUGUGAAGAAUCCCACCAACGAUGACCAUAUACAAUGACCGCUAUGGUGUCCAAGUCGGUAUGACAAUGUCCCUUAUGAAUCAUUCUCUUAGUGGGAAAGACUGGGGGGGGGGGAUGGUUGAAGGAGGGGUUUGAACAUCCCUGCUGCUCUGAGGCAAAGCUCAUGUUCCCUGUGUGGGGGUGCACCUGAAUAAAUUGCACUGAAAAUCUGUACAUCGAUAUGGUGCGUUUGCAUCAUGUAACAAUAAGAUUGUAGUAUACUGCAAUAAUUGUAUUUUUCUGUUUUUAAAUUAUUUUCCAGAAUGCUCUUCAAAAGAAGGGCUGUGUUUUGCUUUUGUGUAAUUUUGUAAAUAAAGCGGCUGUAGAUUAACCUAUUAACGUUCUAGCAGUUUGGUAUUGGUAAAAGCAGAAUUACAAGAUGGAUGGAAGACGGUCACGUGAAAUGUAUUCUAUCAAGUUUGUUUCUAAAUGAACCCGGUGGCUGGGAUGGCAAAGGGUGGGGAUCUGUGAAGCAGUAGCACCUCUGUGUUUCAGCAAAUAAAAUCUUGAGUUCA